AUGGAUAGAAAUUAUGCAGAAGGAAGCGGCAGUGCACACGCUGGAUACACUCCAGAAAGGAUUCCAGAUUUGGAUAAGAACUUAAGAAUAUAUUUAAAGAAAGAAAUAAGAAACUACACAGAUGUUAAUCCAGAGGAAAUAAUCUCUAAAAUAGAAGCUAUGGCACAUGAAAAUAUUCCAAAUGUAAAAGAGCAUUUAGCAAGCACAUUACAGCCAAUUCUUCAGGACAGAACGCAGAUGUUUGUGAACAGGCUGUUUGGGUAUCAGAAGAGAAUGUGUCGUGACAACGGCCACUGCCGAAGGCCUGGCUGCUACUUCAAGCACUCGCCUGUAGGCCUUCCCAUGAUGGAAAUUGAUGAACGGCCUGCUCUAUCUGCCAGAGAGGAAAGAUUUAUGGGAGCAAACAAGGGAGCCAUAGAAAAACAGAGAAGACUUAUUGAUAUACUCAGUAGGAGGACAGAUCUGCCAAGCGAUGUACACUCUGUUAUUGAGCAGCUAAGAAGGCUAAUAUACAGAGGCCGCCCAAUGCCUGCACAGCAGCAAGACACUUCUACCCGGUUUAUUAUUAACAACCGCCAGGACUGGAUGACCACUGAGCACUUGCACACAUAUCCUGGCGUAGUGAGUGUUACAGAAAAUGGAAUAAUUGAAUGUGCCACCAGACAAGAUGCCGAAAGAGUGUUUAAUAUGAUCUAUAAAAUAGAUAAAAACAGCCAUCCAACUUGGAUAGAAUAA